CCCGCGCGCGCGGCAGCGACUCGCAGGCGCCAUGGCGGCCGUUCGCUGCAGCGACAUGGCGGAGCCCCAGCGGCGCCUUCCCGGGCAGGCGGCGCCCGCCGAGGAGGAGGAGGAGGCGGAGGUGGCGGCGGAGGUGGCGGCCGCCGGUGGGGCUGGAUCCUCCUCGUCGUCGCCGCCGCCGCCGCCUUCGUCCUCGGCCGCGGCGGAGCCGGAGCCGCUGCUGCUGCUGAACGGCGAGGCGGAGAGCAUGUCGGAGCCGAGCCCGGAGAGCGCCAGCCAGGCCGGGGACGGGGAGGACGAGGACGAGGAGGAGGAAGAGGAGGAGGAGGAGGGCGGCGAGGAGGAGGAGAGCAGCUUGGUGGGCAGCAGCAGCAGCAGCACGAGCAGCGGCUGCUGCAGCGACGAGACCCGCUCGCCGAGCCCCGGCGGCGGCAGCGAGGCCGACGCCAAGGAGGAGCCCAAGGGCCCCCGGGGCAGCCAGGAGGACGGGCCGGGCCGCGGCGGCGGCGGGGGCGGCAGCAGUUCCAGCAGCGUGUCCAGCGGCGGCGACGAGGGAUACGGCACCGGCCCCGGCACGGGCGGCGGCAGCAGCUGCGGCAGCGCCACGUCGGGGGGCCGGCGGGGCAGCCUGGAGAUGUCCUCGGACGGGGAGCCCCUGAGCCGCAUGGACUCGGAGGACAGCAUAAGCAGCACUAUCAUGGACGUAGACAGCACAAUUUCCAGUGGGCGUUCCACGCCAGUGAUGAUGAAUGGCCAGGGAGUUGCUGCCUCCUCUGCCAAGAGCAUUGCCUAUAACUGCUGCUGGGAUCACUGCCACGCCUGCUUCAGCUCCAGCCCGGACCUGGCCGACCACAUUCGCUCCAUACACGUGGAUGGGCAGCGAGGAGGGGUGUUUGUUUGCUUGUGGAAAGGUUGCAAAGUAUAUAAUACACCUUCAACAAGUCAAAGUUGGUUGCAGAGGCAUAUGCUGACACACAGUGGGGACAAACCUUUCAAGUGUGUAGUUGGUGGGUGCAAUGCCAGCUUUGCAUCUCAGGGAGGACUUGCCCGUCAUGUGCCCACACACUUCAGCCAGCAGAACUCUUCUAAAGUUGCCAGCCAGCCAAAGGCCAAAGAGGAAUCUCCAUCUAAAGCUGGAAUGAAUAAAAGAAGAAAAUUGAAGAACAAGAGACGGCGAUCACUACCAAGACCUCAUGACUUCUUUGAUGCACAAACACUGGAUGCUAUAAGACAUCGAGCCAUCUGCUUUAACCUCUCAGCACAUAUAGAAAGUUUAGGAAAAGGCCACAGUGUUGUAUUUCAUAGUACUGUAAUAGCUAAAAGAAAAGAAGAUUCUGGCAAAAUAAAACUCUUGCUUCAUUGGACACCAGAGGACAUUCUGCCUGAUGUGUGGGUAAAUGAAAGUGAGCGACAUCAGUUAAAAACUAAAGUAGUUCAUUUAUCAAAACUACCAAAAGAUACUGCCUUGCUUCUGGACCCAAACAUUUACAGAAAUUCUAGUAAAGGAGGUACAUACAGUGGAAUCCUGAAAGAUCACUUCUGUUAAGAUCACAUACUGAACAAUGCCCCAGAAGAGGUUGAAGAGGUAAAAACCAAGCAAGUGGGGACACCUGCAGUCUUAGUCACUGACAAUGGAUUUAGAAAUAAAGUUGCACAUUAGUCAAAUCCCAUCUUUUUUUUUUUUUUUUCUUUUUUUUUAUUUUGUUUUUUCUUUUGGUUUCUUUUUUUUUUCCUUUUUUUUUUUUUUAGAGAAAUAUUUAUGCUUAGUGUAAACAUUCUGUGAAUGAAGUUGAUGCUUCCGUGGAAUAUAUUAAUAUAUGACUGUAUAUCCACAUUUUCAUGGAAUGGUACAGUGGGAGACUGAGCAAACACUCUUCUGGCAACUUAGUGGAACAACUAAAAGGCUUUGCAUGCUUGCUUCUUUAAGCUGCUUUUUUCUUUAGUGAAUACAGUAGUCUAUAUUUGAUGAAAAGAAAAAGUAACCAUCACCAUUUCCUCCCGAUUCCCAGGAGAACUGUUAACAAGCUAUUGGGCUUCCUGUCAGUGUUAAGUGAACCUAACACAUGCCAGACAAUAGAACAGCUACCAAGGGAUGAUCCUGUUGCCCUUUGAGUAUGGUGGAUAGUAAUCAUUCGUCAUUUGUGAUCUUGUGUCCUUUUGCAGCUCCCUAAAAUAUGUUGGAUUAUGGUGUUGAAACAAAUGUUGAUGGAAUGCUUGUCUUUUCCAGUCAACUCUGAAUACAUAUAGUAAGGUGGCAGGAUGUUCAGAGUGUUGCAGUCUGUCUGACCCCUUUGCAGGAGUAGUGUAGUGUGUUCAUCAGGUCUGCUUUGGUGUGAUCUGUAGCAGUGGAGGGGUUUGGGAAACCUCGGUGUAAGCAGUCAGUGUUACUGGUGAUUUAUUUUGCUUUUUUGACCCUCUAGGAUCCCCAUUCACUUGUAAAGUAUACUUUAUUUGGCCUAAUGUUUUCUAGAUGUAAAGAAAAUGGUAUUUUUUAAAAAAAAAUUAAUCUAGAAAUUCAAUCCUUUAUGCACCAAAGUUGGCUUUGAAAAGGAAAGUAAAAUCAUUUUCUUGCUUAAUAAGCAAGGAGCCGUGGAUUUUUUUUAACUGACAAAUAGAGAUGCGUCUAACCUGUUAGUCUUUGUAUGGAGACAAAAAUGUUGCAUAUAGAUAAUAGGACAUUGCUUGUAAAUAUUUCAGCAGAUUUGUAAUAUAUUUUUAUAUUAUGAAAUGUACUGUAGAUGUUUUUCUAGAGGCAUGAAAGUUAAAAUGUAUAUAUUACGGUAGAAAUAAUAUUGAAGGAUAUUGUAAUUCACUAGUGCUGCCAGAAGAAUUGUUUAAAAAAAGCACCUUCCUUAACAGUAAAAAAACCUUCUUUUACAUACCUAAGGGACUAUAUACUACUGUUAGUAUCUGUUGUAAGAACAAAAAUACAUUGAACAUCCUUCCCAGAAAUCUUAGAGGGAUGAAUAGUACCCAUAAUUAAUUCAUGGCACUCCUUUCUAAUAGUGAACACAAAAUUAGUUUUUUCCUUACUGUCGGAAGGAACUAAUAUGUAAAAUUUGUAUGGAUAUAUGCAGUCAAACUGCAGAGUUAGUCCUCCUUAUUGGGGAGGAAUUUACUACAGUGAAACUAAUAACCAGCAGUUUUUACACUAAAUUUUUAUUAAAUAGAUUAAGACUUAAAGUAACCCUUUGGUUGCAGAAGUGAGCACAUCCUAAUGUAAUACAAAUGCGUUCUGCAUUGGUACUGACACGAGUCUUGCUUAGCUCCAGUGGGUUAAAAAUGUUACUUAUAUACACAAAAAAAUAAUCUUAUCAAGGAUAUGAAGUGCAGAUUAAAAGCACCACUAAUAUAAGAUGUUCUGGAAUGGUUGUUUAAUAAGGGUAUUAUUCAUAAAAUCUGUAGUGACGUGACUUUAUUUUUGGAAGAAAUGCAGUGUUUUGUUUUGUGUUUUUUUUUUUUUUUUUUUUUUUUUGCUUGAGCACUUCACCUACUGCUUUUUCUGUACCUAUAAAGUAAUCCAUAAUCUUUGUUUCUUUUUUUUUUUGAAUUUGUUAUAAAAUUGCCAAAUAGAAGUGUUUCAGAUAUAGUUUGUAUUUGUAUUUUUUUAAUUUUAUUGCUUCAUGAGUUUCUUGUAAGUCAUUUAUAAUUGACAGAUGAUUGUAGACCUUGCCUGAGUAUUUUUUCUAAUAAAACAAAGCAAACAAACCUCAUAA